AUGACAAUCCCAUGGCGAGGCCUCACACUCACUAAUAAUACAUACACACAUGCAUCCAGUACCAAGAAAUUACUGCUCGACUCUGCGCAGGGCGGCUUUAUCGCUGUCCAAGUGAAAAAAGCAAUCACAGCAGAUGUCACGGCGGCUCUACACAUCUGCCACAAUCGCUUCUGUCUUUACGCAUUACGCAUGCCGCCGCCGUCCGCCCCCCACCCUUACACAGCCACAACUUGGAUAGCAGGCAGGACGGUGUUGAUCCAUCAUUCAGUCUUGAAAGGAGCCUGCACGUGUGUCUCCUGUCUCCAUCCGGGCGGGUGCUUCGUCAUGCUCAAGUCUCUGUUUGUAAGCGGAGUGCUUGGAGUCCUGCUGGUCUCAGUAGGAUGUGAGCUCAUCUCCGUGUGUGUCGAGGACGACAACGACCUGAGAGUGGACUGUCGGACUGAGCCAAAGCCCAACAAGAUCAACAGCUACGAGUUUUCUUGGUCUUUCGGAACCAAAGAGACCCUCAUUAACACCAACGUGUCCGGUUCAGCAGCGGAGACGCAGUUCAAGGACAAAAGUGAAGUUGUAGAACUGGAGCCUCACGGCUACAGAAUGACCCUCUCUGGCUUCACGGACACGCUGCCACACAACACCACUUACAUAUGUAAAAUAUCUGGCCAGAUUGAAAGUGUCACUGUGGAGAAAGAACACCUUGCACCGUGCUCAGCUGUGAGCAUGUUUCUGAAGAGCUCCUGGACCUCCAUUGUUUGCCUGUCCUUCAUCCUCUAUCACACUUAUCAUUAG